CCCGCUCUCUGCCUCAGCCUUUUCCUGCAUCCGGGCCUGGAGGGGUUGGAUCUGAAAACUAGCGACCAGCAUGGAAGUCCAAGACGAUCCCCAGUCCGGUCCCCGCUGCUCGUCGUCCUCCCGGGACGGCUCAGGGGUCUCGGUGUCCAAGGAGCUGCUAACGGCGGGCAGCGGCGGCCGCGGAGGUAUAUGGGACACUUUGCUCAUCAACUCCAAGCCUAAUUCUAGAAAGAAUUCCACUCUUCAGACAGUUCGAAUAGAGAGGAGUCCCUUGUUGGACCAAGUACAGACCUUCCUCCCACAGAUGGCUCAGGCAAAUGAAAAGCUAAGAAAAGAAAUGGCAGCUGCACCACCUGGUCAUUUCAACAUUGAAAAUAUUGAUGAGACUCUUGGAAAAGUUAUACAAAUGGAUGUGGCCUUGUUUGAAGUGAAUCAGUCUGAUUCACAAGAAGAGGACUGUUCAGAAGAGAAUUCUCAAGACAGUUCAAAGGACAGUUCAGAAUCUGAGGAUGAAGACGACAGCGCCUCUUCUGAAGUCACCAUCAAUAACAUCAAGCUUCCUCAUUCAGAAGAUAGAAAAGGCAAGAUAGAGGUAUUGGACAGUCCUGCCAGCGAAGAAAAGAAAUAGGGAAAUAAAUGAUCUAAGAAAGAGGUGAUAGAGCCUGCUAAUUCUGUGAAAGAGAAUGUGGUUCCCUAGUUAUUUUGCAUUUCAGGUAUCUAUGGUGCUUCUAUGUAAUGUCAGACAUAUUUUGCUUCUUGGAGAAACAGAAGCUGGGUUUUAAAGAACUGGAAGAGAGAGCCUUUGGGGAUCUUUUAAGAGCAGACUGAAUUUGAUCUCAUGCUAGAGAUAUGGUUUAGAAAGCUUAACUUUACAUACGGUGAUGAGUGAAUUUGUUGGCAUCUUCUUUCUUUAGCAUGGACUUAGAGGUAUCAAACUUUAUUUUAAAGUAAAAAUACAAAUCACCUAUUUAUUUUUGUUUUAAAUUAUCCUCUUGGAUAAAACAACCUAGGUUUGUUCUUUAUUUAAGGUUAUUAUGAAGUCAAAUUUAUUGCUGUCAAAAUGGGUUCAGCGAAGGAGAAGUUUUUUUUUUUAAGAUUUUUUACAAAGGGAAUAUUUAUACUUAAUUGCUGUCAGACAUAUCUACUUUCACUUAGAAAAAAAAAUCCUUUCCAGUUUGAGCUGGAAAACCAGUGCUCUGUGCUUUAAUCACUGUUGGUGCGUCUGGAGCCACUCAGUACACAUCGAAUUUACUGCUUGGAAAAUUUGUAGGUUUUUGGUGGUUGUUUUUUCUUUUUUUUCAUAAAGCAGUUUUUUUUGUUUCAGCUAUUAAAAUUAUUCCUCACAGUUGCCCACAGUUUUAUAAAACUAUAAAUGUAGAGGAUAGGGACACCACAGGAAGACUGGGCACAGUACAUAAACAUAAUAACUGGUUUUCCCUUUCAAACGACAAAAUGAUCCUCCAUCGGAGUUGCCUUUCUGCCUCAUUCUUAACCUUAUUAAACUUGUUUAUGAUCUCUGCCAAGGGACUGGCUUUUCUUAGGGUGUAGACCUGAGAGUUUAAAGGAUUCUCCAACUGUGUUGAGCUGAUGGACCUUUGUCCCCUCAUGUUGUAGGGUUCUCUAUUAACUAUUUUUUCCUGCUUCUCACAUUAGUCUAAGACAUCUUGUAAAUACUCGGAAGGUAAUUCUCAGGUAUUUCCCGUUGGAACUUGGAACCCAGGCUAAAGGUAUGAAGAAGUGAACAGAUCUGGAAACGAGACUUCUUAGCUGGGGUUAUUAUGUGUAGCAACAAACACAGCUGUGCUGAAUUAUUGGUGUAAAUAUUUAAAGAUUGUCUUCUACCAGAUAGUAAUUAUGCUACAUUGUGGGAAGAGUUGCGUUUGUCCGGUUCACUUCUUAGCAUGGUGCAUGGUACACAGUAGGCACUGAAUGAUGUUCAUAAGUGAAUUAGCAGGUAUACGAGGAUGUACAGGACAUUUCAAGCCAUGAUAUCUAUGGAGAUAUAAAGGUGUAAUUUCACAGGAAAUACAUAUCCAACUAGAAAUAGACUGAUGGUCAGGGAAAGAGACUAGUCAGUCUAGAAAUACAUAACUAGUGUAGAAUUUUAAUGUAUUUCUCUCCUGUGAUGGCUGUCUCAUAUAAUACAACUAGGUGUUCUAUACAGUUACAGUUAAGUCAACCAAAUUCAAUACCUCUGGACAGUCUUAUGACAUAGGAGAAAAUAGAAAACCCAAAAUUUAGUAUGUGAUAAGGAUGCCAUUUUUUAAGUCCAUAAAAUGGACAAAUUAUUUACAGCGUCAGGGCUACUUUUAAACAAGGUUAGGUUCUAGCCUCUUACCGUGUACUAAGAUACAUUAUAUAUGGAUUAAAGAUUUAAAUAUUAAAAAUAGAAUUACAAGAAUUUCAUACUAAAAUAUGGAUGAAUAUUUAAUAAAAGCAAAAGCUUUUUUUUUUUUAAGGCAGAACACCAAAGCCUGAAAUCACAAAGGAAAAGAGCAGAAAGUUCAUAAAUAUUAAAAACUAGUGGGUGGGAAAGAAAUCUAAAAGGCAAGGGACAAACUGGGAAAAAUAUUUGGCAAUAUAAGGCAAAAGUGAGUACUAUUAGUACAUAAAGGGCUCUUAAAAAUUAGUAUAAGAAAAUGACUAGUAUCUCAAUAGUGAAAAAGCCUUAGGACAUGAACAAGUAAUUCAAGGAAAAAAAUGUUCAAUCCCAUUUUUCAAAGACAUGCAGAUGAAACCAAGAUUGUAUUUUUUUGCCUGUGGUGAAGUGGCAGAUCAAACAACAGCCAGUAGUCACUGGGCCCCUUCUGUGUGUCAGCCACUGUUCUGGUGUUUGACAUGUAAGAGUUACCACCACUCACACAUAUACAAAAGCUUCUUACUGGGGCAUACAUUUAACAUUUGUGCACUUUAUGUAUGUUACACCUUAAUUGAAAAACCAUUUUGUUUGUAAGCAGUUUGCUCUCCAGUCUCUUGGGAACUAAGUCCCUGUAGUGCUUUGGUUGGUCUGACCCUGUGGUUCUCUGCUUGGUGCUUAGGUGUGAGGUGAUGGCAGCCAUUUGGAGAAGGUUCCUUCUCCUGCUGAGGCUGGUGUGAGAUGUUCUCUUCAAACUUGUGUAUUAUCCUUUUAUGGCUCUUGACAGUUAUAAAUCAGAAAAUUAGGUAAUUGUCUUUAAAGCAAAAAUAUUCUUGAUGAAUCCCGUCUAUUCUAAUAAUACUUUAAUUGUGCACCAAAUAUGGUACUUAAAAAACAACUGCCUUGCAAAGUAGUUUGUAUUCUCGUGCUGGAAUGUGGUAGGAAAGACAAGAAAAGAGGUUGAGUCUUUGAUUUGUAUUUCCCUCAGUGCCUGGCAUGGUGCCUUUCACUCAAAAUGUACAAUAAAUGUUCAUGAAACUUU